CUACCAAAAAAAUAAAUAAAUUCAUCUUUAUCAAUUGUUCACAAUACACACAUUUUGUGCAUUGUUUCAUCUCUCCCUGCACAACUCUCUCACAUUUUGUAACAACCACAUUUCUUUGGGUUUCUAACAAUUGAAAUGGGAUUCAAAAACAAUAUCAAAGUCUUAGUUUUUUCUGUCUUGAUCUUCCUCGUAAUCCCAACUCUAAUAGCCGCAGAAUGCACAUGUGAUGAGGAAGAUGAAGAUAGAGACAAAGCCAAAGCCUUACGUUACAAAAUAGCAGCUUUAGUGUCAAUUUUAGUUGUAAGUGCAAUUGGUGUUUUUAUCCCACUUCUUGGCAAAGUAAUACCGGCGUUAAGCCCUGAAAAAGAUAUAUUUUUCAUCAUUAAAACCUUUGCUGCCGGUGUGAUAUUAUCCACCGGUUUCAUUCAUGUGCUUCCUGAUGCUUUUGAGAAUCUUACUUCACCUUGUUUAAAGGAACAUCCUUGGGGUGAUUUUCCAUUCACCGGUUUUGUGGCUAUGUGCACUGCUAUGGGGUCUCUCAUGGUUGAUACUUAUGCCACCGCUUAUUUUCAGAAUCGUCAUUCUAAAAAGGCAUCAACGUUGACACAGGUUAAGAGUCAUGAGGCAACCUUAGAUGUGGAGAAGGAAGUUGUAGAGCAACAAGGACAUGUGCAUGUUCAUACUCAUGCAUCCCAUGGUCAUGCACAUGGCCAUGUUUCUUCCGAUCCGUCUUCAGAACUUCUUCGUCAUAGGGUCAUAUCGCAGGUGUUGGAGUUGGGGAUUAUUGUUCACUCUGUUAUAAUAGGAAUUUCUCUGGGUGCUUCAGAGAGUCCUAAAACCAUAAGGCCGCUUGUAGCUGCGUUGACCUUUCAUCAAUUUUUUGAGGGCAUGGGACUUGGAAGUUGUAUAACUCAGGCAAAUUUCAAGAGUCUAUCAAUUACAAUCAUGGGAUUAUUCUUUGCUUUGACUACUCCAGUAGGAAUUGCAAUUGGUUUAGGGAUCAGCAAUGUUUAUGAUGAAAAUACUCCAACUGCCCUUAUUGUUGAAGGAAUAUUCAAUGCAGCAUCGGCUGGGAUCUUAAUCUAUAUGGCACUUGUAGAUCUUCUUGCUGCUGAUUUUAUGAAUCCAAGGAUGCAAAAGAGUGGUAAACUUCGAUUAGGAUGCAAUCUAUCUCUUCUAUUAGGAGCUGGUUGUAUGUCUCUUCUAGCCAAAUGGGCUUAAGAGUUUGUGCAAUUUUUAGUUUAGUUUUUCAUUUCCUUCCAAAAUUUUAUUUUAAAGUCAUUGAUGAUUUUCAAAUAUGCCUGUAAUAACAGUAGAGCUAUUGCUGGCAAGUGUAUGAAUAUACACUUUCAUUAUCACAUUAUAUUUUGGUCUUACUGGCUAUUUGGAAGUUAAUAAAUGAGUGCGUAUUUUUUUAGCAA